AAGAGGCCCCAAGAGAGAGGUCAGGUAUGCUCUGAGGUAGGUGCUGUGGUUUUUGGUGAGAAGCCUUGGUGGUUCAGAGUCAUGAGGGAGUGCAUUUCCAUCCACAUUGGCCAGGCUGGUGUCCAGAUGGGCAAUUCCUGUUGGGAACUGUAUUGCCUGGAGCAUGGGAUCCAGCCAGAUGGCACCAUCUCCUCCAUGGCAUCCUCAGGGCAAACAGACUCUUCCUUUGGGACCUUCUUCAGUGAGACAAGCUCAGGGAAGCAUGUGCCCAGAGCGAUAUUUGUUGACUUGGAGCCCACUGUCAUUGAUGAGAUCAGGACCGGGACCUACCGCACACUCUUCCACCCAGAGCAACUCAUCAGUGGCAAAGAAGAUGCUGCCAACAACUAUGCUCGGGGCCACUACACCACUGGGAAGGAGAUCAUAGACCCGGUUGUUGACAGAGCUCGUAAAAUGGCUGACCAGUGCAGCGGCCUCCAAGGGUUCCUGGUCUUCCACAGCUUUGGGGGAGGCACAGGCUCGGGGUUCACCUCCCUCCUCAUGGAGCGGCUCUCUGUAGAGUACAGCAAGAAGUCCAAGCUGGAGUUCUCCGUCUACCCGGCUCCACAGGUCUCCACAGCAGUGGUGGAGCCCUACAAUUCCAUCCUCACCACCCACACCACCCUGGAGCACUCGGACUGCUCCUUCAUGGUGGACAACGAGGCCAUCUAUGACAUCUGCAACCGAAACCUUGACAUCGAGCGGCCCACCUACACCAACCUCAACAGGCUCAUUGGGCAAAUCGUCUCCUCCGUUACCGCCUCUUUGAGAUUUAAUGGAGCCUUGAAUGUCGACUUGACUGAAUUCCAGACUAACCUGGUGCCCUACCCACGGAUACACUUCCCUCUCACCACCUAUGCUCCCAUCAUCUCGGUGGAGAAAGCCUACCAUGAGCAGCUGUCGGUGCCGGAGAUCACCAAUGCCUGCUUUGAGUUCUCCAACCAGAUGGUGAAAUGUGACCCACGGCAUGGCAAGUACAUGGCGUGCUGCCUGCUGUACCGUGGUGAUGUGGUGCCCAAGGAUGUGAACGCGGCCAUUGCGGCCAUCAAAACCCGCCGCUCCAUCCAGUUUGUGGACUGGUGCCCCACGGGCUUCAAGGUGGGCAUCAACUAUCAGCCCCCAACGGUGGUGCCCGGGGGGGACCUGGCCAAGGUGCAGCGGGCUGUGUGCAUGCUGAGCAACACCACGGCCAUUGCCGAGGCCUGGGCACGCCUGGACCACAAGUUUGACCUGAUGUACGCCAAGCGAGCCUUUGUGCACUGGUAUGUGGGUGAAGGCAUGGAGGAGGGGGAGUUUUCGGAGGCCAGGGAGGACCUGGCUGCCCUGGAGAAGGAUUAUGAGGAGGUUGGACGGGACUCAGCAGAUGGGGGAGAAUUUGAGGAAUAACUCUACCUAUGGGAAAGCAGCUUGGGUUGCAGAUAGCUUUUGUAUUUUUGUCUUCUAUGGAAGGAGCUGGAAGGGAGUUAGGGGCUGGAUUUGAGGAAAUGUGACAGGGAAACCCAACAGACUGGCCAAAAGCUGCUCUUUGUUAUGCAUGAAUUUGUUUGAAUAAAUGGUGACCAGCAAAAAAAAAAAUCUCUUAUUGAUGUACCACAAAAUUUUGCUCACUGUUGGAUGGGGGAGGCUCUGGUGCCUUGGCUUCUGCAGCCCUACCCAUGGGGCUUUUGCACUUGUAGGUGCUGGAGUGGGUUUGCCAACUGCUCUUCUAAAGUGAACCUUGAGAUGGUGACCCCACUUGGGCUCUGCUUUCUCUGUGUUCCAAAAUGCAGCUGGCUCUGUUUUUCCAGGCUGCUAUCCUCUCUGAGGUGCAGCAGGAUCUGGGAUCAGGUUUCUCUAGUCCCCCCCACAACCUCGCACAGCCCUGCUAAAGCAAUCCAUGUCUGGCUGCCAGGGCUGGGCUUGCCUGGAAGUCUAAUUGGAGCCUGGAGAUGAAAAUUCAAAUACUCCUGCUGUCUGUCAGACCUCUCUGAGGGUGUUUGACCUGUGUCUAGCUUGUUCCAGGCAUUAAAUCAAGAAGCUGGGUGAGGGUUGCCCACCUUGCACAACACAAGAAUUUCUGCAAGCACCUAAUUAGUUGGGAAAAA